AUGGACGGGUUGAGUGUCGCAGCCAGCAUUAUCUCUGUUCUUCAAUUGACUUACUCCGUCGCGAAAAUUUGUCAUCAGUAUAAAUUCAAAAUUUAUGCAAAAUCCGGACUUAUUGUUUCAGUCACUGCCGAAUUAAAACACAUUGCUUUUCUUUUGGAGAGUAUCAGAGAUUUAGAGAGCAAACAUUCUGGAAAUUUAUCUGCAGUCACCGAGGUUGUAAAGCACGGUGUCCUUGACCGCUGCCGACUCGUUUUGACGAAACUUCAGAACCGCUUACAAAAAGACGUUUCUGCUACCGGGCUAGGAAAGUUGAAGAGUGCCUUAUUAUGGCCGCUCAAAGAGAAAGAGUUGCAUGAAACCCUUACUGUCCUUGAAAGGCACAAGACUAGCCUAUCUCUUGCGCUGGAUGCUGACACAGUGUAUGAGGUGUUACGCUGGCUCUCCACCAACGACACUUCUUUGAGCCACGUCGAAGCUUGCGGGAAAAGGGCGACACACACCGGUAGAUGGCUAUGUGAAAAUGAGGAUUAUAUCAAGUGGAAGUCAUUUCUCUCAAGCGUUACCCACGAAACACUUUUAUGUUUAUAUGGCAUUCCUGGUUCUGGGAAAACGGUCCUCUGCUCCAGAAUUGUUGAUGAUUUGGAUCAGAACGUGAAGCGAGCUGGAGUAGGAAUUGCAUUUUUCUACUUCAACCCCCAUGGUAAAUAUAAUCAGGGUACAGGAACAGUUGUGUCGGCGCUUAUCAGUCAGCUUUGCUGUCAGAUCAAUGACCUUCCUAAGUGCGUGGAGCUUCUUCACGAGAAAUGCAAUGGUGCUCUUCGUCAACCGCGCGAAAGUGAUGUCGUCACGACAUUCAAGACCGUCAUGGACGAAUUUACCCGGGUGUUUCUGGUAUUUGAUGCAAUAGAGAAAUGCCUUGAACGCCAACGAAUCUUCGACUUCUUUGACCUCGUUCUUCAAGCACACCCAAACAAGCUUCGACUGCUUGUGACGAGCCAAAGGGAGGAAGAUAUCGAAGAAGAGCUAUCUGCUCGACGCGUUGUGUCAAUUGAGAUUAAUAACAGCCACGUCGAGGAAGACAUUCGUAUCUACGUGAGAAGUCGACUACAAAAAGACAUUCGUUUAAAGAGUUUACCUCUAUCGCUCAAACAGGAGAUUGAGGGUACGCUGAUUGCUGGACCACAAGCAAUGCAAUAUGACUUUUUCCCCUCCCGAAGAUCCAAUUUCAGAUAUCCUACAACAUGA